AUGAGCGCCGACGACAGCGACAGCCUGUGGCUGCAGAAGAGCAUUCACAUAUCGGACCCGAUCCCGGAGGCCGGCGAGAGGGCAAAUCCGCAGCUUGACAGCAAACAGGACGGACGGACGGCGGCGUCCAAAGCAGGGGCAGAGCCUGAAGUUGAAUUGACCAAGACGCCCUUCAGUAUAAGUUCCAUGCGGCCACUGCAUUGCCCUUCGCAGCGUCUCUCUGCGCGCCUUUCUGUGUCAAACUCGGCCUUUGCGUCGUUCCAGGAGCUGGACGACUUGCGCGCACGGGUAAGCCAAAUGACCCGCGAACGUCUGAAGUGGUCAAACGCCCAACGGGACUUGGAGAUUGCGCGAUUUGAACUUGCGCAGGCACGAGAGGAGCUAAAGACCAUGCGAGAUUACGUUAAUACUAUGAAAGGGGAGUUGGAUGAGGCGAACAGCCGGGCGGCGCGUGAGGUGAAGGGGCGCCAUACGCUUGAGCUACAAUUAAAGGAGACAAUGGACCAGCGAAAGAACGAAACCGAGUUUCUAAAACAACAGCUUGAUAGCCUCAAGGCGGAACAUGCGCAGCGUCUCACGGAGAUGACGGAGCGCACAGACCUAGAAUGUAACUCCCGCACCGAAACUCUGCGGGAGCAGGCCUUCAAGCUUUCCGAGGAGCUAGCGGAACUAGAGGAAAGAAACAUGCACCUGGAUCAGGAGCGCACACGCUUUCACAAUGAAAAUGAAGACUUGCGCGAUCACCUGAAAGAUAUUCGAGCGAAAUAUGAGGACUCCAGGCGCACAAUAGAAGAAUAUUCCAGACGCUGCAUUGAGCUGGAAAAGAUGCACGCGGAGUUUGUGGAGGAGUCCGAGAAAUCACAUGCCGAUGCAUUAAACUCUCACAUGACGCUAAGCGAAGAGCGCGUCCGCCAGAUCACCGUCUCCAAGGACGAAAUGGUAAAGGAUCUCCGGGAAGAGUUGCAGACACAAAAGGAGAAAUCCCGCGCCCUCAGUGAUGAGCUUGCCUCCUUGCGUCAUCGGCAUCAGACCGCGGAGGAGGAGUCAAGGCAGCAAAAGUUGGAUCACGAAAAGGAAAUCAAGCGUCUUCACGAUGAGCAUCGUCUUGCCCUGUGCCAGCAACAGCUCCAGACUGAAGCGCUUUUGCGAGAGGCGAAGGGGGGCAGGCUGUCCAUGGAGGAGGAGCGGUCCUCCCUACGGCGCCAGCUGACGAGGACGUCUGAGGAGCUGUCGACCGUGACGACCAUCCUCGCCCAACGCGAGAAGCACAUCAGUCACCUUGAAAAGGAGCUUGCCGCUGCAAAGGAAGCUGUUUUGACAAUGGAGCAAGAACACAUUUCCACUUCCAAGGAGGCUGAGGCGGCACACGAGGCUCUCAACUACGCAGAGGAACGAGUACAACGGCUGAUGGCGCAGCAAGACACAUCGGAUGCCGAUUAUUCAAGGGACUUGCGAGAAGUAAAGGAACAGCUCACCUCCACUCAGGAGGAACUUGUGCGUGUGAGGAGUGAGCUUGCAUCCGCCGUGCAAGAGAAAAUGCGGCACGAAGUGGAGUGCAGAGGCAUAAUCUCUGACUUGCGAACGAACUUGGAGGAGGCGAGAUGUGAUAGGGGCGCCAUGCAGCAACUGUCCCGUGAAAAGAAACACGCGGACGAACUUGUGGAGGAAUACAGGGGCAAGUAUCUUUCCACGUGCAAGAAAGUGGAAAAUCUUGAUAUUGAGCUUUCUGCCGCGACAAACAGGUGUAUUCUACUUGAAAAGCGUCUUGAUGAAGAGUUACGUCGUUCGAUAAGAAACGCUUCUGCUUCUCCCACUCCGCAGCGGCAAAACUGUGUGGGCAAACGGCUUCGAAGUGCCUCGUCGCUUAACGUGCCGCUGUCCAUGACAACGUGCCCGACAAAGAGGAGUCGGUCGGAGGAACCGCGGGUUUUCACAAUUAGUGGAUUUGAUGCCUCGGAGCUGUUAAGCGAAAUUAAGCAAUUGCCUCAUGCCACCGUUGCAGAGUGUCGGUCCAACACACCCGUUCCUUCCAACCUGACUCACCUUAUUACAAACGGCCAGUUAACUAUUAAGUUACUCACGGCUCUGGUGCGUGGUUGUUGGAUAUUACCAGAAACCUACGUGCGUGAUUCGCUGCGCAGUCAACGGUGGCUUGAGGAAGCUGCCUACGGAUUUCGUCACGAGGUUCUCCCGCUCUCUCAGAAACGAGUCGGAUUCACCGAGGGCUUUGUCUCCUCCAGACACUACAACACGGCCAAGCUUAUUAUUGACGAGGGCGGUGCCACCGUGGAGAGUGACUUGCAUGUUGCAGACAUCGUCUUGUGUACCCACACUGAACUUGACGGUCUCGACGGCAUACGCGCAAUGACGUGGGACAAAGUGGUGGAACUCAUUUACCCAGUGAAGAUCGGCGAUACGCAGUAG